AUGUCGAAAGCCAAUGGUAAUAAUCGAAUAAGUGCAUUAAAGCGUCUUGGUAAAUCAUCUUCAAUAAAUAAUAUUAAUCAUCGUCAAACAAUUGGAUUAAAUAAUUCAUCGGUCAAAGAUGCACGAGAAUUAUUAAUAAAUCGAACUAUAUCAUCAACAUUUGAUGCUAGACAAAUGUUCAAUCGUCAAUCAUCACAAACAUUUAGUACAAUGCCUACAAAUAUUAUUGUACGAAAUACAGAAGAUAUUAAUAAUAAUAAUGAAAAAAUGGUUGUUGUUACAGGACUUAAAGACAUGAAAAUGAAAGAUGGACGUCUUAUUCAAGCAGCAACAACAGAUAAUAAUCAAUCUGGAAAAAAGAAACAAAUUUUUGCAGUUGGUCAAUCUACUUUUGUUACUAUUCGUAAUAAUAAUAAUAGUAAUAAUAAUAAUAAUAUUAAUUUCAGUUCGAAUCAAUCGACUGAAAAACUUUCUUUCACUAAAACAAUUACGAAUACAUCUGUUAAUCGUAACGAUGAUAAUGAUAAUACUCAAACGACAAAUACUUUUUCUUCUCUAUCGAAUCAAAAAGUUGUUAUUAAAGUUGUCAAUGAUAAAUAUCAAGAAGCUCCUAAACCAAUACAAAUCUCAACAACAACAACAGCAGUCCCAGCUCGUUCACACUCGUUAUAUACUCGCCAAAAUUCACCUCCACUUAUCAAACGUUUACAUGAUGUUUCUAUUCAAACAACGCCUCCACCAUCUUCAUCUCGAUCACCUAUUCGAAUAAAUUCUCAUCGACGUCUUCCAUCUACUCAUAUAGUUGACGAAGAUGAGCAUAUAUCCGAUCGUUCAAUGAAUGAAGAUUUUUAUGAACCACCAGUAAAACGUACAAGUUCAACUUCAACUUCAACUACACGAAAAACUUCUAAUACAGAAAAAGAACAACAAUCUACAUUUACACCAGUAUCUACAGGUUCUACUAAACGAACAUCAACAGGUGCACCAGUUAAUUCAAAACCAACAUCCCAAACGUCCACUACAUCAAAACCAAUAUCAACUACACAAUCACAAACAACUCCCGGAACAGUUUUAGUUACUAAUCUUGUACCAUCUGUUACAGAAGAAGAUGUUUUUGAGUUAUUUGGUCAAAUUGGUCGUAUUAAUGAAAUAAUUACAUUAAGUCCAGGAUGUGUUCAAAUUGUUUUUGCCAAACGAGAAGAUGGUGAACAAGCUGUUUCUAAAUAUCAUAAUCGUUUAUUAGAUGGACAAUUUAUGUAUGUUAGUCUUCAACGAACAGCAGCAGCACCUUCACCUUCAGUAAAUCAAACGCCUAAAAGUUCAAAUAAUAUUCCACAACCACCAGCAAAAGAAAAUGCAUCAUCAACUACGCAACAACCAUCGAAAUCGAAUCCUGCAUCUAAAACUACAAAUAAUACUUCACAACCACCAGCAAAAGAAAAUGGAUCAUCGACUAAUUCUUCAUCAACAACAACAACAACAAAUCAUCAACCAUUGAAAUUCAAUACUACAUCUAAAACUUCAAGUAAAAGUUCUCUUGAUCCUGCAUUUAUCCGUCAAGCACUUUUUCAUCCGUCGAAUAAUUCAACAAAUCCUGUACAAUUUCAAGUUAAACUUUAA